AGUGGACCUGCUCCAGAUGCUGGAGUUCAACAUUCCGGUGCGCUUCCCGGCGGCACCCCUGCUGACCGUCAUCCUGGCCCUAGUCGGAAUGGAAGCCAUCAUGUCCGAGUUCUUUAACGACACGACCACGGCGUUCUACAUCAUCCUCGUGGUUUGGUUCGCCGACCAGUACGAUGCGGUGUGCUGUCACACGUCCGUCACCAAACGUCACUGGCUGAGGUUCUUCUUCUUGUACCACUUUUCGUUCUACGCGUACCACUAUCGUUUCAACGGGCAGUACAGCAGUUUGUCCCUGUUCACGUCGUGGUUGUUCAUUCAGCACUCGAUGAUCUACUUUUUCCACCACUACGAACUCCCCGUCAUAAUCCAGCAGGCCCAGCUGCAGCAGAUCAUCCUGCAGACCCGCGACGGUCAGAUCCCACCCCAGAACCAGGCCGGAGCGGCUCGGCCACCGCAACAACGGGCCCAACCUGCAGCCGGUGCUGCAAACGGUCAACCCGGAGUAGCCGCAGCAGCAGCAGCACCUCUCCACAGGGCCGCCACCGUAUUCGAUGGGAUCAUCAACGCGAUGCGCUUUCAACGGUUCCAGCGCAACAACGAUAACAACAACAACAACCGGAACAUCCUGAUCAGUUUGCCCCGGUAUUACGGCUGGAUGACCGUAAACGGGAACGCAAACGAAGGCGGCGGCGGCGCUGUUCCGAACGGGUUCGGUGAGAAUGCGGCCGGGGUGAACGCGACGAUCCGGAACAUUGCCCACAGUUUGGUGCAGAGUCUGAGGACGAACGUGGCCGCCGGGAUGGAACUGCUCGGAAACAUGAACAUCAACUAUAACCACAACACGUUUGCCCAGCGGCUGUGGUUCGGGUUCGGCGGACUGCAGAACAACAACAACCAGCGACCGGCCGUGGGGAUCCGGAUUAUCCGGCACGUGCAGCCGGGUGGGGUAGGAGGCGUCGGCGUCGUCACCGCCAGAAACCAGGAACCGGGUGGGGCGAGUGGUUCCAGCCCGGGCGGAGGACCCCGGCCACGGCCACUGAGCGGGGAAAGUAUUGCGGCCUCGUCGGCGGUAGAUCCGCGGACAAACUACCAGCGGAACUACGAGGCCAACAACUUUAUCUUCCCGGAGGCAGUACUUACGCAGCACCAGCAGCAGCAUCAUCAUCACCAGCACGAUGGCAGUCCGCAGGGCACGUCGUCGACCGUUGACGUCGUCGGCGAGGUCGUGCAGGUGCCGGACAAGUUGUACAAUAUUGAGGACAACUUAUCCAGCGUGGUCGGCGUUGCCGGUGACGCUAGUCCACGGUCCCGCAGCAGCAGCCGGUCGUCCGGAACGGACCGGCGCAACAGCAGUAACCCGUCGGUGGGGGAAAUCACGGUGACCAGCUGCCGGCUGCCGGCUAGUAUAGCAGCGGAACAGACCGUAACCAGUCGGUCGUCGUCCGGGGCGGCAGAUUCGGUGAACCCGGAAGCCACGGCGGCGGCGACGGCCAACGGCGAUUCCAACAGCACCAGCAGCAGUGAGUUGCAGUCUUAAAGAAGAAGACGAAGAGUUAAAAAGGUUCUCGUCGGAGUUGUGUACUGUGUUUGUAUACUUGCUUAUUUAUCUGUGAAUUAUGUUUUAAUGGAAAUGAUGAAGAAAACGAAAUCUUACACUAAACAUUUGACGAAGUAAAGCGCGGUGGAUUGACUUUUGUGUGUGCUAUGGAAGUGAGAAAACAAAA